AUGUGGAUUCAUAAUGGGGAGGGAAGAAGCAUGUCCCGUCUGUCUCUAACACGGUCCCCAGUUUCUCCUCUGGCUGCUCAAGGAAUUCCUCUCCCAGCUCAACUCACCAAGUCGAACGCUCCCGUGCACAUCGAUGUAGGAGGACACAUGUACACCAGCAGCCUGGCUACCUUGACAAAAUAUCCAGAUUCCAGAAUAAGUCGUCUGUUUAAUGGCACAGAGCCUAUUGUCUUGGACAGUUUAAAACAACAUUAUUUCAUUGAUCGAGAUGGUGAAAUUUUCAGAUAUAUAUUAAGCUUCCUAAGGACAUCCAAGCUACUGCUCCCAGAUGACUUUAAGGACUUUAAUCUUUUAUAUGAAGAAGCAAAGUAUUACCAGCUGCAGCCAAUGAUUAAGGAACUUGAGCGAUGGAAACAAGAGAAAGAACAAAGGAAACAUUUCCAGCCUUGUGACUGCUUGGUCGUAAGAGUGACUCCAGAUCUGGGGGAAAGAAUUGCAUUGAGUGGGGAGAAAGCUUUAAUAGAAGAGAUCUUCCCAGAGACUGGGGACGUCAUGUGCAACUCCGUAAACGCAGGCUGGAACCAGGACCCUACCCACGUUAUUAGGUUUCCUUUGAACGGAUACUGCCGGUUGAAUUCAGUGCAGGUGCUUGAAAGAUUAUUUCAGAAGGGAUUUAACGUGGCAGCUUCAUGCGGUGGUGGGGUGGAUUCCUCUCAGUUCAGCGAAUACGUGCUGUGUCGCGAAGACAGACGACCACAACCUACCCCAACAAUCAGAAUAAAACAGGAGCCCCUGGACUAG